CUUCAACCUCAACCCAGUCGUGUCCUCUUCCUCUUUGUCUAAUCCCCUUUCUCCCAUUUUCUUAGGUCAAUGCCGCUCAAUUGAUCUGUCCCCAUUAUGCCCCCCCGGUUGCGAUGCCCUAAUCUUCUCUGUGCGACAAGCUGUUACCCAUCCAUUCGACCUUCCUCAUUACCUCGUCUGGCUCGAGUGUCACGCGAAUUCUCUCAAACCUCAUGUCAACGGGCAACUCUAAGGCGGCGUAAAUUUUAUGAGUGGCUUAAUGGGCCGGGAUCAUUGCUGAAAGAGCCUAUUCCUGGAUCCACAAACUACCUUGGGGCCUACGACAAAUACGGGAACCUCGUGCGGGCGCGCCCAGGGUGGACGAGGAAACGGCCUGGAGAUAAAAAGGCCGAAGGGGAAAAGAACGAUGUUGCCACAAUCGAGUCCGAAGAGCAGACGCCAGCGGGACAGGAAAUAAUAGACGAGCUGGAGAUGUCGGUUCGUCGAGACGAGGAGAAGAAGAACGACGCAAGGGCUGCGGAACAGGAUGAUAAACUACCACCAGAGACUGCUGAAGACUUGCGGCCUUUUCCGCAGAAUAAGCACUUCAGGAGUCAGCCGGUGCUUAGCGAAGAGUUGCGAGAGGCGAUAUACCAACGUGUUGCGAGAGACGGCAUGUCAGUGUCACUUGUGAGCGUGGAGUUUGGAGUCAGUAAUGAGCGGGUAGGCGCUGUGGUGAGGUUGAAACAGAUGGAGAAGGAGUGGAUCGCGCAGGGCAAGAAACUCGCCGUCCCAUACUCCAAAGCUGUUCUCGCCAUGGUUCCUACGACACCCUACAUUAACCCCUCGCUCCCCGAGAAUAAAGGCAAACGUCCCAUCACGCACGAAGCUAUUAACGACCUAAUUGUUCAUCCUGCAACUCGCCAGCAGCUUUUCGUCCCCGUCUCCGAAUCGCGCCACUUCACUCGCGUCGACGCCGGUAAGGCUUUUGACAACGACCUUCUCCCCGCUGACGAGCGCAUCCCACAUCCGGAGUUGGUCCAGGCGGAGCGCGAUAUCGCGUCAGGGCUGAGCAUCGAGGAGCGCAGGCAGCUGGCCGAAGAGCGCAUGGAGAAAGAGCAGGAAAGAAGGAGGCAGCAGGAGUCGAAGAGGCUAGAGGAGCUGAAGAAGGUCAAAACGGUGGCUGGGAGGAGAUGGGAUUUCGUUUUCCAGGAUGUGAAUGUGGAAAGCGUGGGGCGGGAUGGAAGGAGCCCCAAGGGUGUCGGGUGGAGAUACGGAUUCCCGCAUGAGGACCGUAAGAAGGGACAGGUCAAGAUCCCUACAAAGGUCGAGGCAUGAACUGUCGGAUUCUGUCGGAUAUCCUGUGUAUAUGUAUGUACCUGUAACAUAUGUGGAGCGGGUGCUUGGGAGUAUGUAUAGGAUUGAACAGGCCUCCAUCGCCACA